GGUACGGGCUGCUGUAGCCGUUAUUGUUGUUGUUGUUGUUGUGAGCCCUCCAGCUCCUCCAGCUGCGUGUGUGUGUGCUUUCUUUAAAGGUCUACCGGAGUGUGGCGUCAGGCGGAAAAAGAAAGAAGAGGAAGAAAAAAGGCACGCGCUCGUGUGUUUUUGUUUACAUACCGGCGGCCAUACAACAGCCCGACGCACUGUCAUUUAUCCUCCGUCGUGCAGUGUCUGCGUGUCCGUGGCUGUCUGUGUGUGUGUAUAGAAAUGCGUCAACCACACGCAAAUGUGAUUUUGCAGAAAGCUUCGUCGCAGAGGGUUGUCCCGGUUGCGGCUGUCCAUUGUUGAAUGAAAUCAGUUCCUCCAGCACUCAACCCAACCUCGGUGACGGCAUCAAUCAUAACCCCCAUUUACGGUGCCUUACUGCACGCGUGUGUGUGUGAGUGAUAAAAAAAAAGUGCGUGUGUUGAUCGUUUUGGGCAUAGACAGAAAAGAAAAACAAAAGCGAUCAUCCCAACAAAGAAAAGCGGCCAAGUGCGCUUGUGCAGCGCCAUCUUGAAAGCGGAGCAAAACAAACGAAUGCAAAAACACGUGCAGCUAUCGGAGUACGCUAUCGGAGGCCAAUACUUAGCACAGUGCAGAUUUAGCUACACCGCUGUUCGCCGGCCGCCAUCAUUUGUCCAAUGCACCAACAUCAACUUCAAAAAACCAACCGUCAACCCGUCAGCAUAUUAACUGCAUCCGUCCAUCAAACCACGUGCGCUGUGUGGUGUUAUGACAGCGAUAGACCAGCCAUCCCAACAAUCCUAAACGGCUUGGGCGCGUUGACCUGCGGGUGAGUAAGCGGUUCUCGGACCUUCCGGGUCAGCUUAGAGUCAUCACCACCAUUAUCGGCGAACGGUCUUGCAGGACACGAUUCUCCAACAACCAACCGAUAUCGUCUAAACGAACGUGAGAAAGACUUAUUUGUUGCAAGAAUUGGAGCGUAGCAGAAGGAAAUUAGGACUAUUAAGAGACAUACUAGACGGUUCCCGCACUCUACAGAAAGCAUGGAGAAAUUGAAAGCCGCUAAAAAAGUCGCCCCGGACGGGGGCUGGGGAUGGAUGGCGACGUUCGGUGUGAGCAUGGUGAAUUUGGCUACCCGGUCGAUUGAACCAUCGUUUGGGUUGCUGUUCGGUGAUCUGCUUAAAGAUAUGCAGGUCGGUACGACCGGUGCCGCCAUCAUUAUCAGCACGCUCGAUGUCAUGAUGAACUUUUCCGGCCUGUUCGUGGGCCCACUGCUGAAAGAGUUUUCCUACCGGAAGGUGGCGAUCGCCGGCUCGCUGCUGUGCUGCAUCGGACUGGCGCUCACAUCGCCCGCCUCCAAUAUGGCGCACAUUCUCGCCACGUACAGUGUGAUCAAUGGUGUGGGCGUUGGACUUGCAACAUCAGCCGCGUUCGUAGCGCUCAAUCACUACUUUGCGAAGAAGCGUGGCCAAGCGGUAGGUCUGUCGAUGGCCGGUACCGCCCUCGGUAUGCUGAUAAUGCCCCAGCUCGUCCGUAUACUGCUGGAGCUGUACGGGUUUCGCGGUGCGGUACUGGUGCUCAGCGGGCUUGCCCUGCACGCCACGGUCGGUGCGAUGCUGCUGCAACCGAUCAAGUGGCAUCUGAUCGAGGAGGAGGUCGACAUCGAGCUGGUAGAGGCGACACCCCCGAUGGGUAUCAUACUCGAGCAGGAGGAUGACGAUAAUGAUUCGCUGCCGGAGAUUAAAUCGCUGCUCUUCCCCCGACGCGUCGGCAGUGAACGGAAGCAGUCGGAUGCUACGGGUGCAGCAGCAUCACCGGCCACGGGCGGAGGUUCGGCAGCGACCGGAAAUGGCACGGCGGCGGCGGCGGCGGCGGCGACAGCAGUUGCUGCAGGAGGUUUACCGAAAAGACCCACCUUUCCACGGAUUACAUCGUCCGUUAGUGUGCAGAAUCAGGGUGGUGUGGGUAUGCGCACCAGGCCGUCCUUUCCGCGGAUCGCAUCGACCGCCAGCAUGAGCUUGGCGUUACGCCGGCGUCGCGAAUCGGUCGUCUCGCAGCUGUCAACGAUGGACUUUACCGGCAGCGGCAGUUGUAUGCAUAUCCACGUGGAUACAGGUGACGUCGAUGCGGAAGAUGUCGACUAUCAGAUUAUACGGCGCGUCAAUACGCACGUCGGAUCGUUCGCGCGCGUCCCGUCCCGGACGAAGCGCAUGGAAACGGUCAAAUCGGAGCUGGGGUUGGAGAUGGUAAAGCCGAAAGUGUCGUUCCUGCAGCGGUUCACCGCCCUGAUGGACGUUGGUUUGCUGCGUGACGGUAUCUACCUCAACAUCCUGUUCGGCCUAUCGAUCUUCUACGUGGCGGAGAUGAACUUCAAGAUGGUGACACCGUUCUUUAUGGCCAGCCUCGGGUUCGACAAGAGUGACACCGCGUUCGUGCUGUCCGUGUCGGCGCUGACCGAUAUAGCGGCCCGCAUCAUCGUACCACCGAUCGGUGAUCGGCUCAAGAUACGCAAGCGUUACAUCUUCAUGGUGUCACUGAUCUUUGUCGCUAUCACACGAUCAAUUGUUGCCCACCAGCGUACAUAUGCCGACGUGAUGAUAUGGCUGUCGGUGACCGGGUUCUUCCGUGGCGUGGCGCUUGCCAACUUUACCCUGUGCGUGUCCGAGUACUCCUCGCUGGAGAAGCUUCCGGCCGCCUUCGGUUGGCAUAUGGUCGGCAAGGCGGUGUUUGUGAUCGCGUUCGGUCCACUGAUCGGUGCGAUCCGCGACUGGACCGACAGCUACGCAAUCUGCAUCCAUUCGCAAUCGUUCUGCAUACUGCUCUGUGUGACCGCCUGGUCGAUCGAGCUGCUGGUGAAGCGAUGCCGCACGAAAAAAAUCGUCGAAGCAAAUCCCACCGUUUAAAUUUCCCGAUUCUGUUUUCCUGUCUGUCAGUGUGCGAGUGUUCUACUCUGAAUGUGCCGGAAUGUUUGCGCGUGUGAGUGUGUGAGUGUGUGUGUGCAUUCGGAUCGUAUCUUAAUUCCGAAGACUGCGAUAAUAGGGGUACGCGUUAGAAGUAUGUAGCUAGUAGGGCAACUAAUGUUUAGCAAAAUGAAAUCAAGAUCAGACAAAUUUUUAGCACGAAGCGGAAGGCUACCGCAUUCCACAUGAAAAGGGAAAACGAAGCGGAACAUGCGAUCAAGACACUGUAGCAAGCAACAAAAAGGUUCGAGUACUUCUGGACACCCGAGUACUUAACGACGGUUGAGGAGAAGGUGUUUUAAACGACAGCAAGCGUCCAACCUACAGUAUUAGACGCAGAGAGUAGUUUUGUUUUAGGGGAAAAACGCAGAUCCUAUAGAUAGACGAGCGAUCAAUGUCUGGUACGUAAAAAGGGCGUUUUUAAAGGCAGAGUGUGACGGCCGCAAACAACAUGGCGGAUGUGCAAGGAUAAGUAGGUCGCAGUAAUGUGAGUCACAUCCGCGACUCGUGAGAAUAUCGGUCGGAAACUUAGGAAUAAAUACAUGAAUUCAACAAAUAUAA